AUGAACAGCAUGCAACGCCUGUUGGAGCUUCAUGCCGUGCGCCAACUUGCCAAUCUGCGGCCAUCUGCUCGCCGGGCAUUGAUGCAGUUCGAACGCGGCCAGUCGCCUCUUCAGCCCUCCUUCCAAACGAGAGCCAUACGAUCGUCUAUCCGGAAUGACACGAGGAGAACAAUGCACACGCAACGCUCUCCCUUGUCUUCUUCGAGCUCGAGAAGAGUGGGCUCCGGAAUCGCGCAAAACAUCCGGCGAACACCUCGCUCUAGUUCUAGCGGGACACAACACCAGCGCGGAACGAGAUGGAGCAGCUCGUCAUCCUCGUCGGGAAAGUCCACGGAGAGACUGUCGUUCUCGCAACGCAUGAAGAAACUCUCACGCGAAUACGGAUGGGCCGCGCUGGGCGUGUACCUGGCGCUCACGGCCCUGGAUUUCCCGUUCUGUUUCCUCGCCGUCAGGAUGCUCGGAACCGACCGCAUCGGCCACUGGGAGCACGUGGCGCUGAGCUGGAUCAAGGGCGUCGUCUCUUGGCCGCUCCCCCAGAGACAGAAGGAGGUGAUAGACGCGGCUGGAGAUGUCGCGGAAGCCGCUGUCGCCGGAGAGGCGGGAGGGCAAAAGAGGCUCCUUGAGGAGGAGGAGGAGGAGGAGGAGGGAGCACCAAGCCAACAGAACGAGGUCGAGGAUCAUGGGUACAAGGAGGCCGAGAAGGCGAACGCCGGAAGUAAUGCCAGUAUAUGGACGCAACUUGCGCUGGCGUAUGCGAUUCACAAAUCCUUCAUCUUCGUCCGGGUCCCUCUCACGGCGGCGGUCACUCCGAAGGUCGUCAAGACGUUACGAGGCUGGGGGUGGAACAUUGGAAAAAUGCCAAAGAAGGGAGUUAGUGGUGGAAGUUCUUCAGGCACCGCGGGAGUCAACACUAAAGGAUCCAAAGUCAAGAGCGACGAUUGA